AACAUCACACGCCUUCGUAACUAUACACAAACUGCAAAAACCGCCUCUUUUCACUUCACAGCAGCCUGCAGCCAAGCAGCGAAGCCAUGGGGAAAAGUGACGAUUCAAUUCAGAGAAGGAAGAAUAAGAAGACCAGAAAGAAACAAGAUGAUAAUAAGCUCUCCGCUCGUAUCUCCGGCAUUAUUGCUGCCAAGAAACGUCGUCUCUCCGGCAAACGCCGUAUGUGCGAGGGAAUGUGUUAUAGUCUGCCUACACCCGAGGAUCCCUUCAACGAGAGGCAUGGAAAACCUGAUUUUGUGAAGAAAAAGAAAAAGCAGAUCAAUUCAAAAAAGGACAAGAAUCGUGUUAACAAGACUAGGGUCGCUCUGAAAACCGGAGCUACCGAUCGUAAUAACGCAAAGGCGACGGCUGCAAAUAAGAUAUCACAAAAUGCUGACAAGUUAGAGGAAGAGCUCCGCACGGCUGCUGCUGGGGGACGAGAUGCUUUUGAUAAUCACAUGGAUGCUCCAACUAAGUUUUUAAUUCUAUGCUUGAAAAACAUUCAGGACGGGCUUCAGCAAGAUGGAACCUUCAAUGAUGGAGAGGACAAGCCUUUCUUCGUCCAUACAUGGGGAAUUGAGUUCUGGAAAUAUUUUACUCGUGGCAAAGAUAUAAUUGGUACAAAUCAAGCCCAUGCUACAGUUGAGCAAAUUGCUUGGGUUGCAGCAACGGCUGCUGAUGCCAUUUCAAGCAAGGAGAAAGAAGGGAUAUCAAUUAGCAGCCCGUUCCUUUUAUUCCUUGUUCCCUCUCAAGAGAAAGCUGCUAAGGUGCGGAAAAUAUGCAAGCCUUUGAAAGCUCUUGGAAUACAUACAGUGAGUCUGCAUCCUGGUGCUUCCAUAGACCACCAGAUUCAGGGCCUGAAAAACUGUGAGCCGGAGUUUCUUAUAUCCACUCCUGAAAGACUUCAAGAGCUCCUCUCCUGUGGUGCCAUUGAUACUUCUGAUGUUUCUUUCCUGGUCAUUGAUGGACCUCUUAAUGAAGCUGGUUAUGUUGAUGCGGUUGAAGCCAUUGCAAAAUCUAUUUCUGGAAAGCCACAAAUACUGGCUUUCAGUGACUGCUCAGAUUCUUCAUCCAAUUUUCUUAUAAAGAAGAGUUUUGGAGCAUCAAUCUGUAGAAUACCGCAUGAUGAUCCAAUAAAUGGUCAAAGCAUGGCUUUAGAUAUUUGCGCUUCUAAGUUGUCAAAGGCAAAUGGAGCCUGCUCUCCAGACAGUUGAUACUCCAUUUUUUCUUCCAAAGAUUUAAUUGUUGCUCCGUCGAAUCAGCAUUUUCAGAUCCUCUGGCAUCAUUCAGCUUAAUAGGAGGAAGUUCUGUAAUUGUAAGCUUCUUCUUUUCACAUGAUUCUUGGUUAUAGAUGUUUUCGAAAUAUCCAAAUGGAGAGAAUGCAGUUGUUUCAAUGUUGUAUUAGCCAGUGAUGUGAGCCCAAGUCAAUUGUAACAAGGGUGGGUGUGUUAUUGCUUCUACUGGAGAAUUGCAAGUUGAGAUCUUUUGCUAGUUUCUGAUAUCAUUUCUUUUUCCUUUUAUUUGCUAGAGCUUGUUUUACAAGGGGAAAGGGAAAGUAUUUAUUUUACUUUGGAAAAUCAUUUUCUGGUUCAUCUUCUA